ACUUAAAUCAUAGGGAUGGAUAAUAUAUACAAAUUCAAGGCGAGCUCUUCAGUGGGACAUCUGAAGAAUUUGAAUAACGACAAAUAGUUUUAUUCUGAAGAGGAAACCAGCAAAAAGGAGGAGGAGGAGAAACAGCUGAAAAAAGUUAGCAAACCCCCUAGUAAAAUGUCUCAAUUCAGCAAAAACGCUACAGGGUACUAGACUGAUGAUUCCGACAAAGAGACGCCUCGAAAUAAUAAAGUAGGACCCUCAAAUCAGAAAGUCUCUAAAUUUCGUAAUCUUGUGAAUGCAAAAAAGAUUGAGGGAGACAACGACGAUCCCAAUUAUGACGAUGAUGAUGACAAGCCAACAACCAUCCAAUAGUAAAUGCAACAUGUGCAAUAAUAAAAUGAGGAUCAAUACGAUAUAGAGUAGUAAGCAAAAUAGAUGCAGUAAAAAUAUGCAAAAACAGAUAAACCAAAGGAGAGCAAGAUGAAACACUCUAACACACAGUAACCACUGGAUGUGAAUUCCGAUGUUGAAUAGAUGAAAAACAAAUAACACCAGGAGGGUAAAUUGAAGAAUCAUCCCUUUCGACAUUUGAUAUAUGGUCCAAGUAUAGGUGAAAAUUCGUUUAACAAAUUUUUAUAACUCACUCAACGAGGUUUAGUAUAUGCUAAGAAAUGUCUCAAGGGUCCUUCAGAUAAGUUUAUUAAGUCAAAAAUGGUAUAAUUGCCAGAAUGCGUUAUUGUGAAGCCAAAAACUUUGUUGUUGGAUUUGGAUGAAACCUUGAUCCACAGUUGUUCUCAAAGGGAAGGUCCACAAGUCACAGUAACUGCAUUCGGAGAUUAUGGUGAAGAAGCCAAAAUUCAUUUCAAUAUUAGGCCAUUUUGUGCUUGGUUCUUGCAAUAAAUGAGUCAAUUGUACACCAUCUAUGUCUUUACUGCCUCCUCAUCUGCCUAUGCUAAUGCUAUUGUGAAUUAUUUGGAUCCCAAACGACAAUGGAUUUUAGGAAUUCUCUCUCGUGGAAAUUGUAUGGAGACAAAGAAUGGGUUCUUUAUUAAGGAUUUGAGAAUUGUUGGCAAUAAACAAUUGAAGGACAUGGUGAUUGUUGACAAUCUGGCUCAUUCCUUUGGAUUCCAAAUUGAAAAUGGUAUUCCCAUCUUAGAAUGGCACAACGAUUAGAGUGAUUAAGAACUUAAAUACUUGGCCACUUAUUUGAUGGAAGCAGCUGAUUAGGAAGACAUCAGAGUGUUCAAUACAUAGAGGUUAAAAUUGGAUCAACUUAUCGAAUAUAGUUUAGAAUGA